UGGUGGCCGGCCCCGCCCCCUGCUAGAGCAACUCGCUUCCACGCCAGCACUCUAUUUUCACCUCCGAGCUGUGUAAUUUGCUUUUCUCGUUUACUCUCUGAGUGGCGACGACGAUGAGUGUGGUGACGAGGCGCCUGCAAGGUGUCCCCGGGCUGCGUCACGCUCCCAGACCUAGCAUCUGUGCCCAGAGGCUCUCCACGACUCGUAAAUGCUUCAACGUCACUCUCGCGAGCGGAGAAUGUCCGGACAUCGCGGAGACUGUGGUGGUGGGCGGCGGCAUUGCGGGCACCAGCGUUGCUUAUCACCUUGCAAGGCAGGGCCAGGAGGGAGUCGUCCUGCUGGAGAAGUCAGAGUUGACAGCUGGCUCUACCUGGCACGCUGCCGGCCUCACCACCACCUUCCACGGAGCUGUCAACAUCAAGAAAAUACAUUACUACAGUGUGAACAUGUACGCUGAGCUGGCCAGAGAGACCGGCCAGGAAAUUGGGCUCCACCUCCCGGGCUCCAUCCGCCUCGCCACCACACCUUCGCGAGUCGACGAGAUGAAGUACCAGAUGUCCCGUCAUGGAUGCCACGAGGCGCCACAGUGCCUCCUGACCCCCCAGCAGGUCAAGGAGCUAGUGCCCAUCGCCAACGUUGAUAACAUUCUGAUGGGUCUAUACACCGCUGGGGACGGCCACGUGGACCCCUACUCCCUCACACAAGCUAUUGCGAAGGGCGCCCGCAGGUACGGUGCCGUGAUCUUACAAGGUGUAGGGGUGACAGCUCUCACUCUGCGGGAGGACGGCAAGUGGGUGGUCACCACCACCGCUGGGGACAUUCUGGCCCACAGAAUCGUAAAUGCUGCAGGUUUCUGGGCUAAAGAAGUAGCCAAGUUGGCCGGGUCAGAUCUGCCUCUCGUCCCAAACCACCACCAGUACCUCGUUACCUCGACUGUGCCAGAGGUUAAGGCUCUCAAGAGGGAGAUUCCUGUUUUAAGGCAUCUUGAAGGAUCAUUUUACUUACGAAUGGAGCGAGAUGGUCUUCUUAUUGGACCUUAUGAGUCCGAGUCAUCCAUGAAGCAGUGUGAAGACUGGAUGUGGAAUGGCGUUCCUAAAGGUUUUGGUAAAGAGCUUUUCCAGCCGGAUUUGGAUAGAAUGGAGCCUCACCUUGAGGUGGCGAUGGAGCUUGUGCCCUGCUUCGCCGAGGCCAAUAUCCAGAGUGUCGUCAAUGGCCCAAUUACCUACACUCCAGAUGUCUUGCCCCUAGUUGGACCAGAUAUUAUCCCUAAUAUGUGGCUGGCUGCUGGCUUUGGGUAUGGUAUUAUACACGGCGGUGGGAUCGGUAAGUACCUCGCAGACUGGAUCAUGAAGGGGGAGCCACCGUUUGAGUUGACCGAGUGUGACCCUCUCAGGUUUGGCUCCUGGACGAGUAAUGAGUAUGUUCUGGCGAAGGCCAGGGAGAGCUACGGCAUGAAUAAUGCACUUACAUUCCCACACGAAGAGAGAUAUGCUGGUCGACCCACAAGCAGGGUGUCGGGGGCUCAUGACAUCCUGGAGAGUCGUGGAGCUUGCAUGCAGAUCCACAGCGGAUGGGAGCAGCCUGCUUGGUUCGCUUCUCCUGGAGAAACACCGCAGUACUGCCCCAGUUUUAGAAGAACAAAUUGGCACGAGGCAGUUGGGAGAGAAGUAAACUUGGUGAUGACCUCAGCGGGGAUUAUUGACCUCACGCCUUUUGCUAAGAUAAUUGUCGAGGGACCUCAGGCUGCUGCAUUUGUCCACUACGUCACGGCCAACCGUGUACCACAGGUGGGUCGGACCGUGAUCACCCACCUGCUCUCCCCUACUGGGCGAGUGUACGCCGAGCUCACAGUGACCAGGACCAGCGACAACACCUUCCUCGUGAUUACUGGCUCAGGAGUCGAGCUCCAUGAUCUCAGGUGGUUGAAGGAGCAGGCCCGGCUGGAAGACUGGAAGGUGAGCUUCACCAAUGUGACAGAAGACUUGGGCUGCCUCAGUGUCGCCGGGCCAAAUUCCAGGGAGAUCCUUGCCAGUCUGUCACCAGCGUUCAAGGAAGACUUUCCCUUCUUCUCAUGCAAGGAAGUGACACUGGCCGGGGUGAAGACGACCGCUCUACGACUCUCCUACACUGGGGAGCUGGGCUGGGAGCUCUACCACCCGCGCUCUCACACUGCUGGGCUCUACCAAGCUCUGCAUCACCACGGCCACCAGUUUGGUGUGGGGGACUUCGGUACCCUGGCGCUCAAUGUGCUUCGCCUGGAGAAGGGCUUCAAGAUGUGGGGCGCCGAGAUGAACAUGGACACCACCAUAAUUGAUGCUGGACUCAUGAACUUUGUUGACAUGAAUAAGGGUGAGUUUGUUGGACGGGGAGCCUUGCAGGAGUUACUGAAGCAGAGACCACGACGCCGUCUGGUGCAGGUGAAAAUAGACUCCGCUGAUGUUGAUCCAAAUGGUGAUGAGACAGUGUGGCUCUGUGGUAAGGCUGUUGGUAACACCACAAGUGGAUGUUUUUCGUACCAUCUUGGUCAGCCUUUAGCAUAUGUGUACCUUCCUCCACAUCUAGCCGUUCCCGGCACUCAAGUACAGGUUGAGCUGUUGGGUGAGCUAGAGAGUGGCACAGUCCUGCCUGAGCCUCCAGUGUUGACGCACAUCGCACGAGCACAGCAGCACAAGCCGUGAUCCUCUUCCUCCUCAAUAUCAUCCCCCAUUACCUGUUUCCGGGAGUGCAGGUGGAUAGUAAUAUGUCUUGAAGAUAGUAUACUGCAUCUUCAUAGUUGUGUUUGGCUUCUUUAUCUUUCAAAUGCGUUUCAGGAAACUUUCUUGUAAUCGCAUUAGUUUUGUAACUGAUUGAUAUCUUCUUAGCAUUUUGUAAUCAUUUGUAAAAGGUAUUUUCUACUUUCUUACCAGGUAAAAUAAUGUUAAUGAAAUAAUGAAAGAAGUACUUUUAGGGUGUAUAUGAUGAGAUGUUACUUUGAGAGUGACCUUGAGAGAUGUUAUUCAUAUUAAAUGUUAUUCACUAUACACUCCUAAGACAUUCACUAUUAACUGUCUACUAUCAUAGAUCAAAUCAGUAUCUCACAACAAUGCUUAUAGAAACUACAAAUAGAAACAUAAGCUUCAUCUUUAAAUACCUUACCAUUGAAAUUGAAAUAAGUUUAUUGAGGUAAAAUACACACAAAGGAAUGAGGUAGCUCAAGCUAUUCUCACCCCGUUCAGUACAACGUGUUAAUACAUACAUAUACACACAUCACAACCAAUAAACAUAUUACCAAACAUUCUGAGAGAUAAACAUAUACAUUUCCUCCUUCUACUUCCUCCUACCUUACCAUGUGCAUAUUUGAAUUUAAAUCGAAGAUACGUGUAUUUUUAUAAUCGCCGAGCUCUGAUCCCGCACAGAUCGAGCGACGGAGCAACUCUCUCUCACAACAAUGCUUAUUUCACGUAAAUUCGUUAAUAAACACAAAUGUUUUAUAUGU